AUGGAAUUAGCCAAGAAUCAUCGUGAAACUGGUAAAGCAAGGUAAGUCUCGAAAAUGUGAAAAAUGUGUGUUGUCUUGUUAAAUUGAUACCAUUGCAUUGCCUUUGAACCGAAGAUAUCACAGUCUUGCCAGUCUGACAUCAUCGUUAAACCAUGGCACGGCAGGUCUUUUUGUAAUUUUCCGCGAUUUUAGCGAAGUAUGGUGCUCAAGUAAAUCAGACAGUGUGAUAGUAUAGCAGUGAGCCAUAUCAUCAAGCUGUUGAGGAAUAUUUUAGCAUAACGGAGAAGCAGACAAAUCAUCCAAAAGAGACUGGUCAUUAACCUGGCGAGCGUUGACAUUCAGACAUUUACGAUUCCAUUACAGGAAAAAAAAGGAAGACAAUGGAACUUUAACCCCGGAAACGCGGCGUUUAAUCAAGUAGUAUGGUAAUAGGGAGCUUAAGCAACAGCGUUUUUGAGCGACGGACGUGAACCGGAAGUGGACUUUUUGCAUCAUUGGGGAGUGGUUUCGUUGAAACUCUCGGGUAAAUCGCCUUUCAGCAAUACAAGUUUGUUAGUGUCAAGGCAUAUAAAAAGGGAGAAGGCCUCACUUCCGGUUGACGUGCGUCGCUCAAAUACGUCUUUGCUGAUAUUCGUUCUUGGCAGUGUUGUGUGACAUAAAAAACAGCCUCGUGACAUUUGUGAAACCGACAGAGCGGAAGUGUUACUAGCUUUUUUAAUCCCCCGUCGAGACCGAAAGGAAGUUUAGUUUUCGCUCUGAUUGCGUAAUUAUCAACCAAAUUGACAAUCUAUUCUUCACAGCAAUUCGUUUCAAGAUUUCUAAUGGAAUUAGCCAAGAAUCAUAGUGAAACUGGUAACGCAAGGUAAGUCUCGAAAAUGUGAAAAAUAUGUGUUGUCUAGUUAAAUUGAUACCAUUGCAUUGCCUUUGAACCGAAGAUAUCACAGACAGCCUUUCUCUGUCUAAACGAUCGUUAACACGAGGCGAGUAAUAAAGUAAAGACGAUAUUUCGGUCGGAAUUUGUAGGGUACGCUUGCCUGUUAGGCCUUUUUCAAAUCCGUGCAGAUCAGCUGAGAAUUGAAGCCCAAUGUAGGAACUUUACCUCAACCAAAAAUGAAAACAAAUUAUCCCAAAUAGCAUACAAUGACGUUAAAUGGAAUGAAAAUAAAGCUCUCUGGAGUAAAAAUAUCAAGAGCUUAUAGGAACAGAUAGGAAUACGAGAACUCUGGAUGAAAUUAAAGCGCACUAUGAGGACAUAUACGGACAUGACCAGGCAACGACUUAAGGAUAUCGAACUACAAAGAUGGCUAAGUGAAAUAAAUAACCACACUAGAAAAGAUGCUAAACAAAGCAACAAAAUGAGAACCUACCGGUUAUUUAAAACGAUAGACAAUUACAAAUGUGAAGAUUACCUAUAUCAGGUCACCAAUACGCAACACAGAAUAGCUCUAACUCUCUAACAAAACUGCGACUUAGCCAUAGAGACAGGACGUUAUUCGAGACCGUUUAAGAAACCCGCAGAAAGAAUUUGCCCAAUUUGUAAAAUAGAAAUGGAGGACGAAUACCAUUUUCUAAAUGUAUGCCCUGCUUACCAGGAAAAACGAUGUUCGUUACUAGAUUAUUUGGAAAAAGGAAUAUAGAAUAAAAAUAAGCAGAAUGUCACCUUAACAAAAUAUACCCCCUAGCGGAAAAUGCUAAAAUACAAAAACUAUUAGCAAAACAUAUAUUCGAAUGCUUUGAAAAAAGGAAAGGGAAAGACGGCAAAAAGUAAAUACUCUAGGACUUAAUUAAUUAAUAACUUAUUAGCCAUAUAUGGUUAGGAAUUUUUUGUUGUUUGUAAUGUUAGUUAUUUGGAAAUAGUUGAUAUACUAUUUAUUGUAUAAGACUCUGAAUAAAUAAAACAUGUACGUAUCGAUGUAUGUAUGUAUGUAUGUGUGUAUGUAUGUAUGUAUGUAUGCAUGUAUGGGCUGGCUCGACUGCAGCACAACUGUAACUUGGGCAGUGACUUGGUUUCUGACGUCGAAUUUAAUUUAGUUGAAUUAUAUAGCUGUUGUCGAAAACAAGGCAUAUACUUAUUCUAAUGCGUAUUAUAUAUGAAUUGAGUUCGGCACGGUAGUAGUACGAAGUUUGAAACCCACCAGCGGGUGCGGGGGGGGGGUUGGCGUUUGGGGUACUCCUGGGAAUUCUUGGUGGGGGUAGGGGUAUGCUGCCCGGUUCUCCAAAUCCUGACCCUAUUUAAGACCAAAAACUGUCAUUUUCCACACCCGUUUUCAGACCAGUAAUCAGCGCGGAAAAGUUAUUGAGAGCUCGCCCGCUUCCAAACAUCCUCGGAGACCCAGGAGCAAGUCAGUCGGGCCGGGUUAAAAGGCGCGACGAAAGUUUUCAAGCUUGGGCGGAAGAGCCCCUGGGUACCGACUCUCGCCGGACCAUUUCCAAACGGUCAAGCGAAUGCUUCCUCCUGAUUGGGCACAUAAAAUGCUUUGUAUUAUUGUGCUCAAUCGGCGAACAGCAUCUCCUGAGUUCUUUUCGUGAGUUCGUACACGACGGCUUUUGACUCGAUCGCGGCUUGUCUGGCUCAUGCACCAAAGAAAUGCACAGCUAUGCACGCAGUCAGGAGUCUUUCAGUUUGAUAUAAACGCUACAUUUCAAAAUACUGGUAGUCUUUACACUAGAGCCUAAAUAAGCUAACAAAUAUUUCAAGACAAGUAAAUUUUAAAUUCUUCAAGUAAAAGAAAGCUGCACACAUAACCUAUCUUUUUUACUUCAGCUGAAGUGCUUGAAAACUUUUGUCGCGCCUUUUCUCCCGGCCCGACUGACCGCCCCUGGGUCUCCGAGGAUGGCUUCCGAAAGCUCCGCCCCAAGUGAGACAAAAUGUCUCACUUCUCCACGUUUGUCUAGGCCUCAAAAACUUUCUCGGACCACGAGACCCGAAACGCAUCGGCCGCACAUAAUUUAAUCAGGCCUAGGGACUAGGCAACAUCAUGCCAAGAAUUGAAAACUCUAAAAAGAAAAUUGCCGGGGUGUGGAAUGGUAUUCGGGCGAGAGAGGAAGUUCACGGAGAAGAGAUUGUGUAGCAUUUCUUGAUUUUUUUGCAAAGGCACAAGAAGCAUGAGAAUUGAUUAAAAAUCGUGAGUAAACCUAUUUGUAUCACGCGAUCGCCUGUCUCACCGUAUCAAAAUUAUCAUAUCUCGGUGAGAAUUCGGAAGUCAGCCAAGCGCGGUCAUUGCACGCGUGCUGAAGAAGAAUGCUCUAUCAUGACAGACUAGAAACAAUAGAAACCUCCCAAAGCACAAACUUAGCCAAAACGCUAAAAAUCUUCAAUGUUUACUCAAGUUUUGGCUUAUAGAAGAUAAUGUCACAGUUUUUCAAUGACCAUGAAAUUCAGAAUCCGGGUAAUUAGUUAAUCAAUUGUGGCCCUGAAAAAAUUUGAAGGAAAAAAAACCACGAGUUUUUAAGAAAAUGCUUUUUUCGUGAGAAGGACUCUUUAACGCUAACAAACGUCAACAAAUUGCUAAAACUAUAAUUUCUAUAUGUUUGCAUUGCUCCAAAUCGCGCGCAUUUACAAGGCCCUAAAUCUUUUAGACUUGCAAGGACCCAUCUGUUAUAAAGAUCCUAAAAAUAAAGGGAUAAAUCUCAUAGUUAACUAGAUAUAAUCGUGUAAAGUUUGCUUAUCAUUUUCACAUAAAUAAUGACCUAAAAUUGGAAACCGCUGAAUUUCUCGCAUGGGUCUUUGCGAUUUUGGUGAAACUCUGUUCAACGUAAGGCACUAAUGCAAACUAUAUGUAGCAGAGAGAUUUUCACGAAAAUAAUGCCGGCAAGAGUAGAAUUUCGACUCAGACCCCAAAGAGGCGUGGUACUAUAAUCACGUGACAUUUACUCCGAUCGCCAAAAAUUUUAUGUUAUAUUGUAGAUUGAUCUAUAUGUUAUCCAUGCUAUAUGUUGGACUUACGAUCAAAUUAAAGGUUGGGAUACCAGAGAGCUUCAAAGUAGGAUAGUACCCUCUCAAAAUAACUGGGUCGCGUCACCUUAAACGAACGAAACUGUGGUCAGCUUUUAUUAUCAGGAUUAUGGGCUCCUCAUCCUCCUUCCCAUCGUCCCCCCCCCCGCGCUUUCUUUUUCUUUCUCCCCUGCCCUCCCUACAAUACAAAAAGACGCCUCUGCGGAGGAGAGAUUUAUUCCCCCCAAAAGAGAGAAAGAGUGUCUAGUAAAUUGUUUCCACUGAUGAAAGAUUUGUGAACUCGUGUCUGGCAAACUCGCCAAGUGUUUAUAUAUACACAGUUAUACGCACCUGAUAACUUCAUCUGCGCUGAACGAGUAUCUUUUGGUUAAUAUUUUCCUGUUCCACAGAUUGUUACUGAUGACACGCAAAAGAGUAUCGAAAGUAUGACUGUACAAUAAAUGUCACAAAAUCUACCUGAGCGGUCCCUUCAGGAUUUUCUGUUUUACGUCAUUCUAAUCAUUCUAACUCUUACUUGCGGGCGUGAACAAGAGAAACGUCAUCAUUACCCAACGAUUGCAUGCCGCCCCUGUUUAAGCAAAUCGCAUACAUUAUUGCAUAGUGACGGUAUAUUUCAACUGUAAGUACGGCGAAAUGCCUAUGGGGGCACCAAAGUGAAUCUGCCAUAAAAAAUCGAUUCCUCUAAACAGGAUUUCCUUUCUGUAAGUCUUUCAUGCCUUUUUUUAUCGACGGUCGAGUAAUCUUCAGGGUAUUUACUUUUUAAAUCGUUUUCGGCAAAACGUGAUCAACUUGGCGUGUCACUUCAAUCAUCGCCAAAAAUAAACUGCAUGCUCAUCACAAGACUCAUUUGCAUAAAAUGAAUGUUUACCCAGCCGCACCAUCGACGUUUUGCUCAUUUAACAUCCACAUCUACAUUAAUUUUCGUUUGUAAGGUCGUUAGACAUCACACCAACGUUAAAUGACAAUAAUAAUAAUAAAAGUUAUGUCUACUCGAGCGUGAAAUGAAAGAAUAAGAAAAAUAAAUAAAAAUAAAAAUGGCUGAAAUACCUAGAUUAUUCUGUACAAUACUUGGAAAUCUUAGUCUUAAACGUCCGUAAAGAAUAUACUUUCAACAAUGUCUUUCGGUAGUUUGCUCUACAUCCUGAGGGUUCGUGGAAAAAAGGAAUAAAAAUACACAUCCUCUGUGGCAUUUACGUUUAAAAAUUUAUAGUUAUGACAAAAACAGCUUGACUUGAAGUGUAGCGAAGAAAAAAAGCCCGGAGGGGGGACUCUGCAUAUGAAAAGGGUGGGGAUGCUUGUCGUCUAGCUCUCUUAGGGGUGUAAAUUUCGGAUUUUGCUCUCACUUAGGGUGUUCUGGGCAAAACGCCUUCAUAUUUAGCCGUGAAGGUCUCAUUUAGGGUUACACGUGAAAAAGUAUAAAAAUAUCUAUAUUGUCUAUGUUUUAACAUGGUCACUUUUAGGGGUCAAAAAAAGCUUGGGCCACGCCCAGAUCGGUCUCCUUUACGGGUUUAAUUCAAAAUUUCCGACGAGCAUCCCCACCUCUUUCAUUUGCGGAGUCCCCCCCGGGAAAAAAAGGACCCAAAGGAAAAUGUUUUACACAUAAAACAUCAUCAACAUACACUGAUCCCAUGAGAAUACGGCUAAACUAAACCAGGAGGAUGGGCUCCUGGGCGAAAGCAUUACCAUUUCUAUCGCUAAAACACACAAGCCAAAACACACUUACCUCCAUCGAUGUCAAGUUCAUCUUCGAUUGUGAGUGUUUAUCGGCAAGUUUCAGUGGCGAAUCCAGACCUUCAGAUAAGGGGGGGGGGGGGGGCGGUCAUCCACUCAAAAAAACUUUUUGGCCCUUCGGAUCGGGCCUCAGUUUGGUCCAAAAAUAAGAAGGGUGCCCCCCCCCCCGGACCCUUCCCCUGGAUCCGCCACUGAGUUUAAGGUUGUUUAGUUCCGCAGAUAUUCUCCAAAUAGGGACUUUAAGAUCCGCCACUGGGAGUUGGAAGUAUACGGGUUGUUUAGUUCCGCAGAUAUUCUCCAAACAGAGGACGGUGAAGUCAUGUGCGAAACUCGCUUGUCAUUUCUUUCGCAGAAGGCUCAAUUACUGAAGAAGAGUUUUUAUUUUAUACGAAGAAUACCAAUCAGAGGAAUAAGGGUACAAAUUAAAGCUAGCUAGUUUUCAAAACUGUAGUCGAUGUUUUUAUUUGAACUUUCCUUCCCUAAGCCAACACCUUUUGAGUUAUAAGGAAAUGUUUUCUUGAUAAAAAUACAGUUUUAAGUUAUACAAAAAGACGACUACAAUCAUCACUGUUAGGCCCAGUUGAAACGUCGAACUUCUCAUGUGCCGAAACUAAAGCACAAAUUACUAAAAUUUAUUUUCACUUGUUUAAAGCAUCGUGAAAAUGAAUCGAGUUCGACUACACUUUAAGUUCGACGCCUGAAUCAACCUCGAACCAUUUGGGUCGACCUAAAUAGGUAUUAAGUUCGGUACAUGAAAAGAUUAACGUUUGAACUGGGUCUUACCUUUCUUUUCGGCAAUUUUCCUCUGCCAUGGCGGACGACACUAGGUAGAAAACAAGCAGUCGCCAUGCGACCGCGAGCUAAGUUAUGAAUGAACUCAGAUAUUUCUGAUAUUUUCGCUUUCUUUUUCAUUUCACCGAUGGGUAAAUCAAUGUAAACACAAGCCAACGCAUAUUUAACCCAUUGGCUACUCAGUUUUAGAAGAAAAGUGACAAUAAGUACGCAUGAACUCUUAUCGGUUUCACCGUUGUCUUCACGACGAGAAACCCGGCGAAAACAUACCGUCCCAGAAGGACGACGGUAAAAGGUCACGCGUGUUUUGCGUGACGUGACAUCUAUCUAACCGUCCCAGGCGACCGUAGUCACCUAUCUUAAAGUCCCUAAUACCAGAUGUCGUCCGUCGAGUUGUCUUCUUGCUGAUCUUGCUUUGUUUUAAGCCAAUAGUUUGCCUAAUUCUUUCUCGUGAAACAAGCGCAAUGUUCCCCCAUUUUGUAUUCACUACCAAAACUUCUCGACGUCAUCCCGAGGUCUCCUUGGUUAACCGUUCAAUAGUUUGGCAAUUUUGCUGCACGAUUGAUGUCAUCAGUUAACAUAUCACAAAGUUCUUCCAAAUUUGGUCGACAUAAAAACAUCGAAGUGAAGCCGGUGCUGAAUUUUAAAAUGAACUGAUCGACAUUGUUUGCAUGAUCUGUAUUAGAGAGUGGGCAGGACGAUGGGAAAUUGAGGUACAUUAUGGAGUACUCACCAAUUAUGAAAAUACUCUAACUGCUUGCUUUGUGCCAAUCCCAUGGUUUAAUUCUAAAAGCUUUUGACCCAUAUUUUUAUUUCCCAUAGCUCCGUGGUUUGCAGUCACAAAGCAGGCGCAGACGCUCCUACCCAAGAUACCAAAGAAGUAAAUGAGCCGUUUUGUAGAAAAUUCAGCAGCUGUUUUCGUGAAAUUUGGAAAAAUAUUUGUGAUAACAGGCCACCCUUAACAGGUGCAGAAGAUGAAGAGACACUAUUCUGGAGAAAACGUGGAAAAUGUGGUCGACAACAGCUUCUCGCCCCUUUAUGCGCUCUUUUUCUAAUUCUGUUUGAUGUCGGGAUGGACUUUAAAGUAGCUGUAACUUAUUUUAUGCAAGGGCAUUAUAACUGGGGCGCAUACACAGUGGGCGUCGUGAUUUUUUCCCUUGUUAUAAUUGAAGCCCUCUCAGCAAGCUUUUACAUAUCCGACCAAAGAGAUCUUAACAAAACAUACUAUCUAAAGCAGAACUCAUUGGAAGUAAAGAAUUGGUUCUAUUGGUUGCAUUUUGUAUUUUGCGGACGUAUUUUGAGGUAAGCGUUCUCUUGAUCGACAAGUGAAAUACCAGAGGAACCCUUCUCUACGGACACCUGUAUAUGACGGACAGUUUCGUUUGUCCCGACGAAGAAAAAGCUCAUAUAUUAUUUGUUUCUCUAAAUUUUAUCUACUUAAUACGGACACCCGGUAAAUACGGACUCUUUGGCAUGCCCCGUCGGUGUCCGUAAUAACCGGAUUCCACUGUAUCCACUGUAUGUAACAACGCGCAUAUUUAUUAAAUUUUUUGCUUAGUUUAUCGCCUUAAGUAUUUUUCCUCGUCACUUCAGAACGCCAGCGCGCACGUCACCGAAAUCACUUGUCGUAGCGGCGUCAGAGAAAGACUGGAAUUAAGACUUUAAACUUUAAAUCUGGGUCUGUGGUGCGUCUAAAGAGGUUUUAACGUAGUUGGCUUCACCCUUGUAAACCACAGGGAGUCAAUAAACAGAAAGUUUAGUUGCAGACUACUACUUAAAUUCAUACUAUCUAUAACUGGAAUUUCCAUGUGACGGUUUAGUAACCGGUUUAGUAAGACUUGUAGGUAUCAUUUCUUUUUAUUUGAUUUUCUUUGGUUUUUAUCAGAUGCUCUCAGAUCUUCAGAACUGUUCGACGUAUACGAAGAAUCCAAGGUCAUCAUCCUGAUAAUCAGAUUCAGCUCUAUCGCUUGUACAUCUCCCAGCAGCGGCAGUUGAGUAUACUGGGUGUCGUAGAGGCUUUUACCGAACAGGCCCCUCAGGUAAAGAAAAAGGUGAUACAGUUGCAAGAGCUUUAUAUUUUAUUAGAUCUUAUUAGAGGUUCUGUAGAUAUUUUACAAUAAUAUACCUUUUCUGUUUCUUUUUUAAAAUCUAGAUUGCUCUACAACUAUAUAUCCUUCUAGCAAAACGCGGUUUUGAUUGGACUUCAGAGGAUAUCGUGGUGGCAGUAAACAUGGCGAAGUCUUUGGCUCUUUUUUCUUUCAGCCUACUGACUUUCAUAAGAUAUCUCCGUCUUGGAAACGAAGAAAGCAAAUUAUUGGAGCUGUUUAGUUGGGCAUCUUUACUUCAUUUCUUCUGGCGCCUGUUUAUGCUCGUUGCUAGGAUACUGGCUUUAGUACUUUUUGCUUCUAGUUUUAAAUACAUGGUGUUUGUAAUUGUCGCAAUUCAUUUUCUGUUUUCGUUUUUCCUUAUAAUUACACAGCCGGAUAAAUAUUUCGCUGAAGGUUCAGCUCGAGAUAAGCUCCUAAGGUGCGCUUUCACCUGCAUUAAUACAUUCUGCUUUUUUCCUUUGGCCGGUAAGAAUACUUGGAAAUGGGCUACUCCUUACUAUUUUGUAACCUUUAUCGAAAAUUCCAUAAUGGUUCUUAUCUGGAACUUUUAUAGCGAUUUCGGUCAAGGCUUCAAGAACGUUAUGUUGGUAACAGAGUGGAGCGCGUUUCUGCUUGGUUUAGUAUCAGUUUUACUAUAUUACAAAAUUUUCCAUCCUUCUAAACGAAACCGGAACAACACUGAAUGCAGCCGGCCAGUGGCCUGCAGGACAGUAGAUGAAGAGCAGUGCGUAGUGUAGCAGCUGAAAAACGAACUUUUCCCACAAUGACUCAACAAGCAGUACAACAAACAUUAGAUGUAGAAAAUGAGGAAUAAACAAGUCUGCAUGAACUACUGGUACAAAACAUUGUUG